UCCGCGCUGCCAAGCCCGGUCCGCGCUCCGCCCGCCCGGCCCGGCCCGCUCCGCCCCGUCCCGAGCCCGCAGCCAUGGCGGCCCAGCUGUGCCGGCUGCGGAGGCCCCUCACGGCCGCCUUCAGCAGCGCCGCGGCCGCGGGAGCCGGGCAGGCCCCGCCGGCGGAGCCGCUGACGGAGCGGCGGCAGGCGGGGGGCGUGCGCACCAUCGUCCUGAACAACCCGCGGCGGCGGAACGCGCUGUCGCUGCCCAUGCUGCAGAGCCUGCGGCGGGACCUGCUGCACGACGUCAAGAGCCGGGAGCUCCGCGUCAUCGUCAUCGCGGCUGAAGGACCUGUAUUUUGUUCUGGCCAUGACUUAAAGGAACUGUCAAGUGAAGAUGAUGUGAAGCAUCAUUCCCAAGUAUUUGAAUUAUGUGCAGAGGUUAUGACUUUAAUCCAGAAACUUCCAGUGCCAGUGAUUGCCAAAGUAAACGGCUUGGCUACAGCAGCCGGCUGCCAGCUCGUGGCAAGCUGUGACAUUGCAGUGGCAAGUGAGAAAUCUCAGUUUGCUACUCCUGGAGUAAACAUUGGGCUGUUCUGCUCCACACCAGCUGUGGCCUUGGGCAGAUCUCUUCCAAGAAAGGUGGCACUGGAGAUGCUUUUCACGGGUGAACCUCUCUCUGCCCACGAGGCGUUAAUGCACGGGCUCGUCAGCAAGGUGGUACCAGAAGACAAGCUGGAAGAAGAGACCAUGAAAAUCUCUCAGAAGAUAUGUGAAAGCAGCAAAUCUGUCCUGGCCUUGGGGAAAGCCACCUUUUACAGACAGAUAACCCAGGACCUUGACACUGCUUACAAAAUAACUACUAAGGUCAUGGUAGAUAAUUUGACUUUGAGAGAUGGGCAGGAAGGCAUCGAAGCCUUUGUUCAGAAGCGUAAGCCUGUCUGGUCACACUCUCAGGAGGAGAAGAAAUGAGUCCUGUCUCUUAACAAACCUAAACUGUGCUUUAUGAUUCUUCACGCAGUUGCCUUUGGGAACUAUAUUUUUAUUCUUACUGAAAGUUAAAUUUCUCUUCUUACAAAUGCCAGACACAAUAAAUUUACUCUAAGUAUGUAAUAAAUGUUAAGAAA